CGGACACCAGACGGUUCACACUGGUGGUUCGGCCCCGUAGAUUCUCGUUCAUUCGGUACCUAGCCCUACAUAACCGACGGCGUCGGUGCGGCUUCAAGUCAACAAACCGUUUGCCGUAUUCAUUAGUACGCGUACGAGUCUACGCGUCACAUCGGACGAAACUCACGAUAGCGUGACCACACGGGAAAACCCCCUCCAGAGUUCUGGUUACGGUAGACAGGAUAAGUGCUACGCAAAAAAUACCGUCGUGCUACUGCUGUGCCCCGGGACGAUCUGCUAGUCCUAACACAGGUGCACUAGAGGAUACAGCUUCUUCAGAUGGCCAUCAUCAUGGAUAAGUGCUGCGUGCUAUUAGUGCUCUUACUUUCGGCUUCCAUUGUUCAAUCUCAAACGAGCACGCAGGUACAGAACCGUCAGAUAUGGCACAGUUUCUGCUCGGCAGCCACUAGAGGAAACGUAUUCGCCUCAUAUCAAGCGUUCAACCCGAUAUGCUCCACGUACAGCCCGGAAGCAUGUUGUGAUGUGGUCGCACAGGCUAUCCGGACAUAUCCGGACAUGCAGCUAUGUCGAACGACAUCGGGAUUUCAGUUUGGCCCUGUGGGUUGUGGAGUAGACCGUAGUAGUACAGAUACGAUUAAAGAUGAACCCGAACCCAGUAAUUUUCAUUUCCCUGCAGAACCACCAAAGCCGGUAGUUCCAGUACGGAGGACCGGUCCAAUGCAGACUACUGGGGCCAUCCCAACUAAAUCGGUCGAUAUAGUGGAGAUUGUGUUCAACUACAAUCCUCAUGAUAAUGUUCGGGUAUCCAUUCCAGUGCCCAAGACAAGCACGAUACCAGCUAGCGGUGGGUCCUCUCAGAGACCUAAACCGGUUGAUAAGACUCAAAAUAGUAGGCCAACGGCUCAACAGCUUGGCCAACAAUCACAAAGCCUUCCAUCCGACGAAAGGCCCAAUCCGAACGACGAAAGCGACUAUCAAGAAGAAGAGAUGCCAGUUGUUAUGGUGAACACCCCAGGGUACCAAGCAAUGGAAUUCGCCCUAAACCUUUUCAAAAACAUUGAUCGUCCAAGGAAUGGUGAUUCGGUUAUAAGUCCUCUACUGCCACAGUUACUGCUCUCGAACUUGAUCGACGUUGCUAAUCCGGUCACUCAACGGCAACUUCUGAAUGCUAUUCGACUGUAUCCGGAGCAGCUUGACAAGCUAACCAAAUCACUUCAAGAUGUAUCAAAAUCCACUGUGAAUACAGUAGAGUUUGCAUCCGUGAACUUCGUAGCUAGAGACCUCAGGUUGAACAAAACGUACUCAGAGGACGUUCGACUACGGAACGUUGAAGUGCUAUCCGUAGACUUCAGCCAACCGAGCCAAGCUGCUCGAACCGCUAAUAAGUGGGUUUCCGACAAAACCCAUCAUCUCAUCAAUGAAAUUAUCAGUCCUGGUUCCUUGAGUGCCAAUACCCGACUGCUGCUAGCAAAUUCCAUCUACUUCAAGGGAAAGUGGAAAUAUGCCUUUGUCCAGACCGAACCAGCCAAGUUCGAAUCUGCACCUGGGAGUUCUCAGCCUGUCAACAGCAUGUACCAGUUGAACAAGCUUCGCUCUGGUGAACUCAAUUUCCCCGACGACAACGGCCUCCGAUGGGUAGAGCUUCCCUACGAAGGAGAUAAGCUUGCAAUGCUAGUAUUCCUGCCCACCCAGCGCCACCAGCUAGAAGCCUCAUUCCGCCAGCUGCGUCCGGAGGAUCUUGCCAAAGUUAUGGCCCAACUAGACAUUUCCUAUAUUAAUACCAAGGUGCACCUCAAUCUACCUAAGUUCACGCUAAGCGACUCUGUAUCCCUGAAUGGACCUCUCGAGCGACUGGGUCUUAUUUCAAUCUUCAGCAAUGGCGACGCUCUGAAGUAUCUCAGCAACGAGGCGACACUGGUUUCCGACGUGACUCAGCGGACAUAUCUUAGUGUUGACGAGCAGGGCACUAAGGCCACCUCGGUGGCAUCAUUGUCGAUUGUUCCACUCAGCAUCACCCCUCAGUAUCGGGAGAUUCGAUUCAAAGUGGAUCAACCAUUCCUGGUGAUGAUUGUCGACAAGAGGGAACGGUAUCCGGUGUUUAUCGGGCAGAUUUACGACCCCCAGGAGUCAUAUCUUGCGCUAGCCCUCGCCCAAUCGAACCGCAACCGGAGACCGAACAGUCCCCAACGGUUACCCCCGGGCGGCGCACAAGUAGUAAACAACGAGUUCGUCGAUGAACGUAACUGUCAAACUGGACAGGCUCCGGGCACCCCACCGGACCAAUGGGAAUGCCUGUGCAACCAAGUGCAAUACGAACGUGCCGAAUGCGAGCAACAGAUCGAGAAACUGCUACAGGCAAACCCAAAUAUAAAACUAUGCACAGAUCAGCCGCACUACUACCUCGGAACCAACCAGAAGUGCCACUACGAAGCCGAUUGGGAAUCGUCGAACAAUCCGGCCGGCAAAGCGAUGCAAUUCGCGUUGGAUUUGUUCCGUACGGCUGACCCCAAGAAUCCGACGGAAAAUUUCGUCAUUAGUCCCUUGUCCCCGCAGGUACUCCUUGCUCAGCUGACCGACGGCUGUUCGGAACCGGCUCGGAUCGAAAUGAUCAAAGCUUUACAGUUGAACAGUCGAGAGGUGAACUCGCUGGUCGAUGCUCUGGUUUAUGCUGCUAACAAAGCAUCUGCUGCCAAUAAGCUGGACAUUGCAUCCAUAUUCUUCAAAUCGGUAUACGUGAAUCUGACCGAAAAAUUCAACAUGGCUCGCAAAGAGAAUCGGAUCAGAAUGAGGGAUUUGGAUUUCUCCAACACAAAGCAGGCUGCACAGGAGAUGAACGAAUGGGUCAACCAGAUGACUCGGGGAAAUAUUCCGGAGGCUGUGACCGAGCGAAACUUAUCCCCGGACACCGCAUUGAUGUUGUUAAACGCAAUUUACUUCAAGGGUACCUGGCAGUACAAGUUCAACGAAUCAGAUACCAACAAACGUGGAACAUUUGAAGUCCAAAGAGGACAAAAAAUGUCGGUCCAUAUGAUGUCCCAGUCAAAUCAUUUGCGCUUCGGUGAGAUCAAUUUCGGUCAGUACUCGGAUCCGAACUGGGGUCUACGCUGGGUCGAGCUACCGUACGACGGUGAUGAGCUAUCAAUGAUUCUGUUGCUACCGAAGGCUCGCCAUCAGCUGGAUGAGUCGCUGAAGCAAGUAACUGGGCGUCAUCUUCAGGACAUCUUUCAGACUAUUCGACGGGAUCACAACCCAAUUACGAUUCACAUGCAGGUGCCGAAGUUUACGAUCAGAGAUUCUAUUUCGCUGGUUGAGCCACUGAUGAAGCUCGGUGUAAAACGGAUAUUUGAGGACGAUAGAGCACUGUCCGGGCUUUCGACUACUCCAACCAAGGUGGCGGACGUUAAACAGGAAGCCUUCCUCAGCGUGGAUGAACAAGGAACCACUGCAACGGCUGUCACUAAAGUUACAAUUAUUCCUCUCAGUUUGAGCUCGUACAACGAUAUCGACUUUGUUUGCGAUGAGCCGUUCAUGGCCAUGAUCGUUGAUAAGACUAGGGAGAUCCCACUGUUCAUGGCAAAGAUUCGGCAGCCACUGAAAACCAAGCCGAAACGGGAAUCCUAAUGGCCAAUUGAUACUCAUAACAACAAGUACAUGAAGACUUUAGAAAUAUAUUUUCUUCAACAA